UCAAAGCCAGUCUUUCGGUAGGCUUUGGACCAUCAACAGCAGAUCUGCUGAAAGCGCGGACUUGAAUUCGAAUUCGGAUUUCGGGAUCCAACCCGUAAACUGUGAAUAGUGUUUUUAACUAGUGCGACAUCCAAACAUUGUCAAAAUUGCUGCAAAUUGGUUACGGUUCUGAAGACUGCAGAGUGUCAUGUCAACAUCAAUAGAACAGAGAAAGGGAGAAAACCCCGCGUGUGAUUGAUUAGCUUAGUGGGCAACAAAGCUGGUUAGAAAAUAAUUUUUCGCGCCUUUCACCGCAGAGCGGCUGGUUAUACACGUGGAAUGAAUUUGGUUAUGCAUGACAAAGAACAAUGUAGAAGAAGAUUGAAUGUGGCAUCAUGUUACUUUUGCGGCAGGUAUUAAUUAUAACAGCAAUUGGACUGUGAGUGAUUUUACACGGUGUGGGUUAUCGGCUAAGGUGUUGUAAGUGUUGUUCAAAAGUGAAUACCGUACAAACAGUUUGCGGGGCGGACACGCGAGCAAUCGAGGGUGUCUUCCUCUGUGUACGCGAAGAAGAAAAACAAAGAACCGCGUCGAGCUAUGCUGGAAAUGCAAUUUCUCUACCGCUUGCAGUGAACGGGGAGGAAAAGGAUCCGUUUGGUGUUUGUUAUUAUAUUAUUUUUUUUCGGUUCGAGCUGUUGUUGAAAUUCAACUCUUCUUUUGUUCCAUCCCGAACGAAAAACCGGUAGUUUGCACAAACCGAAAUGAAGGUGCGAGUGUUUAACAGGAUGAAACUGGUGCCGUUGCUAGCGGUGGUGCUGUUUUCCGUGAUGAAUAAAUGUUCUUUUGCCGAACCGGAACUAUCGGCUUCGACGGUGUCAAUGGCCGAUCCAGCAGCACAGCCACACUUGUCAACGUCGUCGUCAUUGCCGCCGGUGCAACUGGAAGAUGACGAGCAAAAUGAGGAUUCCACGGAUAUUGCAACGGCGGAAAGCGCCCACCAACCGCAGACCUUCUUCUUGACAACAAUUCCUGUGCAGCCAUUGGAUUACGAAAUGGUAUCGAUGACACCAUUCGAUGGACUUGAUGGCCGCAGAAGACGACGAUUGGGAAGGAAGCGUAAACGAAGACCGCUACCAGAUGAUUACUGGCAGGGUAGUCCGCCUCGUGAAAUAGAGCCAGAAUUAAUUUAUCGGGGCGCGGAUAUGUCAGGAACGUUUACCCAAACUGACAGAAAACGUACUUACCCACGGUGGGAAACGAGUAGCAUUGGCCCAAGCGUUCGACCACGACCAGAUCGAUGGUCCAAUCCAUAUAGCGAUGCAAUUGACCCGAGUAAUCCACCGCCACGAUCAAGACCAUACGAAACAUUUAACAGAGGCAGAGAGAAUUUUCCUCCUAUUGACAACAAUAGGCAAAGAAGACUCCCCAGGCCAGAAGAACAGCCAACCAGCACUUCCGGUUAUAAAGCCUAUCGAAAGCCGUAUUCCCAAGCAAAACGAGUAGAAGACGACGGCAGUUCAUCGAGCGAAAACGGCAAGAAUUCGUCAGCCGAUUUGAAGGCACUACUGAAACAAUCGGAUGGGCUCAGUCUCAGUGAAAUCCUUCAGCAACGCAACAUUUCUCUGCAAGAUCUUAUCAAAGGAAAACAAAUGGCCUUGGCCGCGUUAACGCAAAGUCCAUUGGAUAUUACAACAGUAACGGAAGCUGAGAACGAAAUUACAUCCGCAGAACCGACACUCUCCAGUGUGAGGUUGAAAGUAGUACAAAAUGAUACAACGGGAAAGCCAUCCUUUCACGACAUUAAAACGAUCAAGAGAAUUCCCGUCUACUCACCUUCUGCAGCGCCAAUCAUUGCUAGUGAAGGUACAACUACCGAGUCGGUAACCACCACCACGUCAACCCAGCUUCCACCAUCCGCUCCGGACGAAACCAAUUCCGUCGAGGACAUCAUUACAAUAGACACCAUCGGAAGCGGUAACGAUAACGUCGCCAUCUUCCCCACGGUUGAAAUCAAACAACUCGCUCUAAACCCCAUAUUGCCAACGGUAAAAGACGAACGCCUGCGACCGAUUAAAGGCGUUGCCUCAAGAAUUCGACCAGAUCUCAGCAACACUAACAUUCGAACGGAAGAGGUAUUCUCGGCUACCAGAAAACGGUACGAAAAUGCCAAAUCAUACGCGACAGCCGAACAGUGGCGCUCGUCAACCACUAGCACCAAUAGUCCUCCAAGUUCAACAGUUCGCGAACGAUGGACCCCAUCACCGGGAGUAUACGAAAAACGAGAACAGUUUUUGCAUAAACUAGCACAAAACAAAGUACGCAAUCGACCAUCGUUGAUCGUCUCCACCGAAAGUAGUAAUAAUGACGCUCUCGAAGAGCAUACUGAUGCUGUCUACCCGGACACCGAACCAUCCAUUCAAGCAUCGUCUGAGCGAACUCUGAUGCGAGUUCCGGUCCAUAGAAAUCGACUUUCGAUAAAACCAAAUCUCAGAAGGCCUCCAUCUUCACCGCCCUCAUCAUCCACGCAGUCUGCGGAAAGCAUCAGCCUUGCCGAUGUGGAGUUCCACGAUGAGCCAGAAAAUGUUACUAAGCUGCUAGAAACUGAGCAACCUGAGCUGAACAUCAUCGAAAAAUUUACCUCCUUCGAGGACACAAAAGCUAACAGCGACACACAAUCCGCUGUUGGUUCAUUCGAACGAACCACAUCCAAGGAUGAACGAAUCAACGAAGAUGACUUGAUAGAGCGUAUUAACCAAAACACACAGCGGUCGUUUACAGACAGCCUGGAGGACUACUUCCGUGAUGUGACCGAAAGUAAUCCAUCAUUGUUCAAUGACCUCGGCCCGAUAACUCUUUCGGAUGACCGGCGAGAAAUACUAGAACUGAUGGAGGACAGAAGAAUAGGGGCCCGCCUGGCAAAAGUAUUAUCCCAGCGAAACAUGACCCUUGAUGAACUUCUAGAGCACCGAAAACGGGGAUCCAGCCAGUUACAUUUGUCGGAGAUUAUAAGCAACAAGGUGAAGCCAAUCGAAGAGAAGAUGGAUAUCGUGACAGCAUUCGAACAUUUUCCGAGAUUCAAUAUAGGAAACCUACGAAGUAUACGGCCAGAUGACAUCAAACAAGACUCGCAGGGCUUCAGCUAUUUCACGUCGAUCAUCAACAUCAGACCGACGGAUGAGAUAUACAAAGAGGGCCGUUCAAUGCAGGACAAUCACCAUCGAGAGCACAAGUUUAUUGACUGGAAGCUUGCCCAUACCCAUACGGGCAAUCACAAAAUGGAUGCCGGUCAUUUUUUAGGUAACGGCGGACUGAAGGGCAGUGGGCUGCUCACUCCUUCGCGUAUGUCCGCCGAUGCCGAAUUCGACAGCGGCAAUGAUCGGCCGAGUAGCGACUUGCUAGAUUUGGAACUGACCGGACAUGGGUUCAACCAUCGACACACGGUUACGAUCGAAAGCGCUUCGAUGCCGCUGGGUGUCCGAUCGGCAAUAGUGGCCAGCGCUUGUAUCGUUGGUGUUUCGCUGGCAAUUUUCGCGCUCAUCUUUGUAGUCUGCCGCUGGCGACAGAGACGAAGGAACAAACUAAACUACACGGAGAACUUUCACAUGGCCAAGGGUAAAUUGCCCAUGAUGCACAGUGAAGUACUAAAGACACCGCUUAAUGAUUAUCAGCCGCAGCAGCAACAACAGCAACAGCAACAGAUAGUUUACAGCACAGGUCAGCACAGUCUACAACUACACCGGAGUGAUAGCAAAAUCAACACGAUGAAUCCCAACUCACUCGAAGUGCAGGACUAUUUGUGGGAUACGAUGCGGAAACCGUUCCAGUAGGCAUUGGGAAGCCGGGGAAGUUUUGCGGUUGACUUUGCGAACCGCUUCUGAAGCAAGCCAUACGUACGGAGGAGGAAUAGAGAACCCGAGUCCAGUGGACCGUAAAACAUCUCUUUGAAUUUUCUACGCAUGCCAAAGCCGAGCCUGGGGCCUACCGUUUUCCACACAGAAUGAAAGGAAAACUCCCUCAACACCCACCAGCGCGCGCCGGCUGCCCACCCUCACCAUUAUUUUCCCUCCAGCAUCAGCUAUUAUUACUGAGUGUUGGCUAAUUGAUAAAAAUCAUCAGAUGCUGCUGUAUUAAUCUCUUUUGUAUUUAGCUCCUACGAGAAGAAGUAAAACACAAACAAACUUCCGUCUUAACGAAGCGGGCUGAGCCGAAGCGAUAGAAAAACCAGUACAUGACAGAUGAUUGAUGAUGCAGUAGUUGGUACAUAUUUGCCUAUAAUACUGUUGUUAAGUCGAUUUGCCUUCCAUUUUCGCCACUGUUUGAAUUGAAUGUUUUAUCGAUGUAAGAGUGUUGGAGAAAUGAAAGAUACGACUAACCAGAUGCAGAAAAGAAACAACAAAGAAAAAAACAAAACCGAUUGUUAAGAUACUAGCAAAGUAAGUUUCAAUUGUGCAAUACAUAAACGGUAGAGAUAAAAAAAAUGAAUACAAAUGAGCGUAACAUGGCGAUAUCUCUGAUGUACUAUGUCAGAAGGCAAAAAAGAAACAUUUUAAUUUAGCAUUAGCGUUAAUUUAUAAUUAAUAAGUAGCGGUAAUAGCCAUUCAUGUAAGCUAAUUAGCAAUAACAUAUUUUAGGGACUAAUCAAACAGGUGCAGACGAGAAACGCAAUAAUUACUCCAAGAUCCUUUCAACCCAUGAAUACAAUUACUUAUCAUGUAAGAUAUGACCGAUAGAAACGUACGCAAAUAGUUUCAUUGUUAGGGUUCAGUAGUUAAAACUUCGUAAAUUAUUCAGCUCAUUACUGCAACACCAUCACGAGAAAUAAAAAAGCCCAUCGCUCUGCAUUGUUUCAUUUAAUAUUAAAUUGAAUUAACCCGGAACGAGAUCAAUUGUAUUUGCAUGCAACAAAAAACCAACGUUGGAGAGUGCGUCAUAGAAUUUGCAGUGGGGCCCGGAAGUAAAGGACAAAUAAAUAUCCAGGAAAACAUUAAAAAAAAGUUUUUUCUCAUUUCCAC